AUGAGCCGCAAUGGAGAGACGGAUCAAAACGCUUGCAACUUCAACGACUUUGCUCUGGUCAGGAUCGACGAUGCCGAUAAGGGUAGGGUGAACCCCACCAUUCCCACUUUUGGCGGACCCUCUGGUCUCAGAGACACAUCGUCCGGCCUGGGAAACAACGAGCCAAUCUAUUCUUAUGGUAAUUCGGUCCUCAGACAAGGUCUCACUUUCCUUUCUCCCAAAUACGGUCUCAACGUCGCCACCCAAAACGGUGGAUGGGACCACAACACGGUGAGCUCAUACUUUGCCGAAAAUACCGCCGCUUCGGUUGCGCGCAUCUGACCCUUCGCGCCCUUCCAUCGCAGUACACUUUCACCCCCGGCAUUCCCGGCGACUCUGGCUCAGGAUUCGUCGACCGCCAAGGCAGAGCCUACGGCGUUCUUUCCACGCUGCAAUUUGCCCCCCGACCCUUCUCCAACGGUGUCGCAGAUCUGCCCCUCGCACUUCGAUACCUCCGCACCCGCUCGUCCGAUUUCCCAAACCUCAGACUUGUUCCCGGCACUGCACCCUUCAGAGUUGCUUUGCCGGGUCUCGGAAGCCUCUUCGGAGGCGGUGCUAAAGCUGCCUCUCAACGCAGCGUGACUCUCAAGGACCUCAAGGCCUGA